AUGCUUGAUAGCCAGAUACCUGGAAUAUUCUCCGCAGUGCAUUCGAUUCUACAGUGCGUGUGAUCUGCAAAUUUGUUUUUCUUGCUAUACGGCCAUUUUCACAGGGGGCAAGCUGUACGACAAGUACAACACGCAGGUGAUAUCGAUCAUCAUGAUGUCUUUGACCUGCUUCACUGUGCUCAUGAUUCCGAUCAGCGGGUAUCUCGCCUUGGCGCAUGUCAUGGUCUUCUUCGAAGGGCUCAGCUUAGGUGCAUUUGGCACAGGUGCGACCGUGUGGAUCAUGAAGAUGUGGCCCCGAAACUCGAGCCCUGCCCUGCAAACUUUUCACCUAGCCUUCGGCGUCGGCUGCCUCCUGGCGCCCCUCGUUGCGAGACCUUUUCUGUCUACGCCAAGCAGCGGCUCUGCCAAUUCGACGAUGCCGAGUGUGAACGUAACCUCGAACGACACCACCGACGUUGCGUCACUCGCAAUUGUGGAAAGUGUGAACGAAACAGCGGCUGACGACGGCCGCAGCAAAGUUCACUACGCCUUUGCAAUAGCCAGCGGCUUCCAACUAUUCCUAGUAACUUCCAUGGUUGUGCUCUACUGUAUCGACGGUGCCAGCUUCAAGACACAUAGGACAAACGUCACGGAUCACGCGCAUUCGGGUUUGCAAGAAUCGUCUGGUAGCAGACGCUUCUCCCGCAUAGCGCUUGCAAUGCUGUGCGCCUACGGGUGCGUGUACGUAGCCAUAGAGGUCACGACGUCGCAGAUGUUGCCAACGUUCGCCGUGAAAUGUGACUUGCACUUCUCAAAGCCACUGGCGUCUCAGCUGGUGGCCGUUUACUUUUUCUGCUUCGCCGCCAGUCGUCUUGCCGCCGCGAUAGUAACAAUCAAAGUGUCGGCCUUCCAUGUCUUGGUUGGCUCGCACGUCGUCUUGGUCGUCACGGCUACUGUGUUAGUGGGAUGGGGCUCCAGCAACGCCAUCGCACUGUGGACCGCGAGCGCCCUUGCGGGCAUUGCUCAGGGACCCCUAAAUGCAGCAAUGACGGCGUGGGUUGCGACGCAUAUCGACAUCAGCAACAAGAUGAUGUCGCUCGUGGUGGUUACGGCGGGCAUUGGCUCUCUCUCCCCGCCGCUCCUUGUGGGGCAGUUCAUGGACACCAGCCCGAACAUAUUCUUGUACGUGUGCUUUGGAGCGGUGAUGGCAGCUGUAGCUAUAUUUAUAUGUACGCGCCUAUAUCUAAGAAAGAAGCCCAUGGCGAACACGAGGGGGGGUCUUGUCGUGAACGUCGAUGACGACAGCCCCGAUGACGGGGCGCCUUCCGUCUAAAAGCUGUUUGUGUUCUGGACUGCAGCGAAGAUUCGCUUCUUCUUAGAUGAGGUAAUAAAUGAUUGGGGAACUAC